AUGGAGUCGUCGCGUGGCCCCCCCAAGGUCAAAAACAAGGCGGCUGCUCCUAUCCAGAUCAGUGCCGAGCAGCUGCUUCGUGAGGCCGUCGACCGACAGGAGGUUCAGAUCCAGGCGCCGACGCAGCGAUUCGCCGAUCUCGAAGAGCUUCACGAGUACCAGGGCCGGAAGCGAAAGGAGUUUGAGGACUAUGUGCGGCGGAAUCGCGUCAAGCUCAGCAACUGGCUGCAGUACGCGCAGUGGGAGCUGGAGCAGAAAGAGUUUGCCCGCGCUCGAUCCGUCUUCGAGCGCUGUCUCGAUGUCCAUCCCAAUGAGGUCCAGGUGUGGACGCGGUACAUCGAGGCCGAGAUGAAGUCGAGAAACAUCAACCAUGCCCGAAACCUGCUGGAUCGCGCAGUCACGCGGCUGCCCCGAGUCGACAAGAUGUGGUACAAAUACGUUUACAUGGAGGAGAUGCUGGGCAACAUCCCCGGAACGCGACAGGUCUUUGACAGGUGGAUGCAAUGGCGACCAAAUGAGGCGGCGUGGAGUGCGUACAUCAAGCUGGAAAAGCGAUACGGCGAGUUUGACCGGGCACGCGACAUCUUCCAGACCUUUACCAUGGUCCACCCCGAGCCCCGAAACUGGAUCAAAUGGGCCAAGUUUGAGGAAGAGUACGGAACGAGCGAUCUGGUUCGCGAGGUCUUUGGAACGGCGGUUGAGGCUCUGGGCGACGACUUUGUCGACGAGAAGCUAUUCAUUGCCUAUGCUAGGUUUGAAUCCAAGCUCAAGGAAUAUGAGCGCGCGAGAGCCAUCUACAAAUACGCCCUUGACCGCCUACCUCGAUCAAAAUCAAGGCUGCUGCACUCGGCAUACACGACAUUUGAAAAGCAAUUUGGCGACCAGGACGGCGUGGAGGAUGUGGUCCUCUCAAAGAGACGGGUGUUUUACGAAGAGCAGGUGCGCGAGAACCCCAAAAACUACGAUGCGUGGUUCGACUAUGCCGGACUAGAAGAGGCUUCCAGAGACGCAGACCGUGUCCGGGAUGUCUACGAGCGAGCGAUUGCCCAAGUACCCCCAACCCAGGAGAAGCGGCACUGGCGCCGAUACAUUUACCUGUGGAUAUUCUAUGCGGUGUGGGAGGAGCUCGAGGGCCAGGACGCGGAGCGCGCCCGGCAGAUUUACACCACAUGCCUAAACUUGAUACCCCAUGCCAAGUUUACGUUUGCCAAAAUAUGGCUGCUUGCGGCGCAGUUUGAGGUUCGACAGGGCGACCUUGGGGCUGCUCGGAAGCUACUGGGGCGUGCGAUCGGCAUGUGCCCCAAGGACAAGCUGUUCGACGGUUACGUCGACCUGGAGCGGAAGCUGUUUGAAUUCGUGCGCUGCCGGAAGCUAUACGAGAAGCACGUUCAGUACAACGCGACAAACUGCCAGACGUGGAUCAAGUUUGCCGAGCUGGAACGCGGCCUGGACGACCUCGAUCGCGCGAGGGCCAUCUUUGAACUGGCCGUCGGCCAGCCCCAGCUGGACAUGCCAGAGCUGCUGUGGAAGGCCUACAUCGACUUUGAAGAAGAAGAGGGCGAGUACGAACGGACGCGCGACCUGUACGAGCGACUCCUCGAAAAGACGGACCACGUCAAGGUCUGGAUCAGCUACGCCCACUUCGAAAUCAACAUCCCCGAAGACGACGAGGCCGAGGAGGAACAGGAGGAACAACGCGUCAGCGAGGAGGCCAAGGCCCGCGCCCGCAAGGUCUUUGAGCGCGCCCACAAGAGCAUGCGCGACAAGGACCUCAAGGAGGAGCGCGUCAGCCUGCUCAACGCCUGGCUGUCGUUUGAGCGCACGCACGGCUCCGACGCCGACGUGGACGCCGUGCAGAAGCAGAUGCCGCGCAGGGUCAAGCGCCGGAGGAGAGUCCAGGACGAGAGCGGCGGCGACAACGAGGACGUCUACGAGGAGUACUUUGACUACGUCUUCCCGGCCGACGACCAGCAGGCCAAGAACCUGUCCAACAUUAUGGCCAUGGCGCAGAAGUGGAAGCAGACGGGCGGCGACUUGUCCGGCGCUUCGUGA